AUGAUGAUGUUUUCUCAACUCGCGAUCGCCCUGGCGGCGAUCGCGAGCGUCAACGCUCAAACGGCGUCUUGGCACAUCAACGAGCUCUACACACUCGUCAAUGAGCGACUGGAUCCUAUCGUUGAUCCCAACGCCGUCUCUGGUCACAUGCAUCAGAUCCUCGGUGGAUCUGCCUUUGGAGCUGCAUACAAUUAUGCAGACUCUCAAAAGGCUUCCUGCACGACAGCCGCCAUCACCGUCGACAAGUCAAACUAUUGGGUACCCAAGCUCUACUGGAUCAACAACAAUGGCUCGUCUUUCACUCCCCUAGGCGCUCAUACCCGAUUCUACUACCAUCUUGGUCGAAAUUCGCCUUCAGAGCCAGUCUCCCCUUUCCCCGAGGGGCUUCGCAUGCUCACUGGAAAUCCCAACAACAAGCAACCCACCAUUGCCGCUUGGGCUUGCCAUGUGCAACAGAACCUGGCGAACGAUCUCACCGGUACCAAUUUCAAUUUUCCCCGUGAUUGUCCCUACGGGUUGCGGGUCGACAUUCAAUUUCCCUGUUGUUGGGACGGUGUCAACCUGUACAAGUCGGAUCAAUCACAUAUGACUUGGCCUCAGCAGAGUCAAAAUUCCGGAACAUGCCCGUGGUCACACCCUAUCCGCCUCCCUCAGAUCAUGCUCGAGUACACCUACAGCCCUUCCAAUUGGGCGCCAGGGGAGACUCUCGCCGGAAAUCUCGCCUGGGCAAACGGAGACACCACUGGGUACGGAGUUCACGCAGACUUCACCAACGGUUGGGACACUGAGAUUCUUGCUCGAGCUUUGAACGACUCUUCAUGUACUGGUGGAAGCACUGCCAUCGCUAUCCAGGAGUGCGAAGUCCUUGCCCCAUACUACGACCCCAACGCCGCUGCCAACUGCCAACCCGACCUCGGUCAAAUGAACGAACCCGGCGAGAGCAACACCGACUUGGUCCCUGUCCCGACGCUUCCAGGGUGCAACCCUCUCUGGGGCAACACUCCCACCAAGCCGACCAAUUGCGGCACUGUCGCCCAGCCUAAUGUUAUACCCUUCCAAGGUACCAAUGGACCUCUUAUUGCGUCCCCUCCAGCUGUUCAGCCUCUGCCUACCACUCCCGGCUGGAGCUACCUUGGAUGCGUUCAGAACUCGCCUGCAGUCUUUGACACCACAACGACCCUAUACAAAGACUCUCAAUUGACGGCAACUGAAUGUCAGAACAACUGUGUCUCCAACAACCUGCCCUACGCCUUCAUCGGCACCUACAACGGUAACUGGGAAUGCCGAUGUGCACCGAGUGUCGAUCCAAACGCUCCAUGGUAUCCAGGUCAAUGCAAUUCUACUUGUCCAGGAGACAGUAGUGAAACCUGUGGAGGACAGAACACCCACGCCAUCUGGUACGCUCCUUCUGGCACUAAGUCAGCAGUCGAAGCGGGUGUCACUCCAAGCAAUGGUACCGAGGCCGGAUAUGUCGGCUGCUACAACACGGGUGGCUCAUCCACUAACAUGGUCUCCAACCCAGUCAUGACCUUCACUGCCUCAACCAUGACCAACGAUUACUGCAUCCAGACAUGCGCCGGCUACAAUGCUACGUGGGCCGCGACCUCUUCUGGAAACGUUUGCCAAUGCGGUAGCGGCUUCUCUCGCGGCGCUGGAUACUGGCAAAAUGACGCCUCCUGCUCUUCUACAUGCUCGGGCGAUAGCUCACAAUAUUGCGGAGGACAGAGUCAACAAUACAGUAUCUACAAUAUCUCCUCAACUGGAGUCAAAGCUCAGGCCAAUCCCAAAUACCCGCCCGGUCGCCAAGGUUGCUACUCCAAUGGAUGGAGUAACGGCUUGACCGGAUACCAAUGGGGCGGUACCAACAGUAUCACGGUGGACUCAUGCCAAGCUGGCUGUGCUGCCCUCAACUACUCCCUAGCCGCUGUCACUUCGGGCAACCAAUGUCGCUGCGGUAACCAGUGGGUCGGCUCCUCAUUAUAUCCGGACAGCAUGUGCAACCUUCCCUGUUCCGGAAACAAGAGCGAGACUUGCGGAGCUCAGUUCAUCUCCGAACUCUACUCGACCGCGCCGUACACUGCUUCAAUCCAAGCAGCGAUUGCCACCAAGCCUGUUGGAUGGGCCGGAUGUUACAAAGAUCCUUACAGUGGCACAGGUUACUACAACUUCUCGCGAUACGAUAGCUCCAACAACCCUUCGCGAUGCCAAGCUACCUGCACCGGUCUUGGCUACAGCUGGAUGAUUCUCGAGGUUGGGAAUUACUGUCGGUGCACCAAUACGGAUCCCACCAAAGGAAACACGCUCGUUCCGUUCAACAUCAACUGCAACGUACAGUGUCCCGGUGACCAGUCUCAAACGUGCGGUGGAUGGGGCAACUUUGAAGCCGUACAGCUCACCGGACUGCCAUCGACUUCUGCUGCAGCGUCAACGAAGGCCACUCCAACGGCCGCCGUGGUGUCUGGAGCUGCUUCUGCGACCUCCUCAGUGACUGCUUCCGCAACGCCCUCGGCAGGUGCCGCUUGGUCUCCCAGUGGUUCCGGCAGUACUGGUUGCUUCGCCGAUUACAACAAGAUGAAUGGAGCGCAAUUCACCUCAACGUACAUGACGGUCGACUCGUGUAUCUACUACUGUCAAGCUCAGGGCGCCACCUACGCGGGACUCAACAAUGGCAAAACUUGCAUGUGCAGUACCGUUUCGCCACAAAUCCAUCUUGGCCAAUCCUCCUGCACCACUCCCUGCAAUGCUAACGCGAACCAGACUUGUGGUGCUUACAGCGCUGUUCAAGUCUGGCCUGUCUCUGCCAGCAGCAACUUUGUCAACCCUUACUCGGUCGCUGCUGCGGAUUCCAACGGUUACAUGGGCUGCUGGGGUGAUACCUCCGUGAGGUUGCUGAAAGGCGCCUUUUGGUCCAACAGCGCAUUGACAACCGACUACUGUCGAGACAACUGUGCUGCUCAAGGGUUCUUGUUUGCCGGCGCUGAAGGAGGCAACCAGUGCUUCUGCUCCAACACUCUCGCCAAUGGUACGGCAUACUACAGGCGCGCGGAUUCCGAGUGCAACAACCAAUGUUACGGAAACAAGGCAGAAAUGUGUGGAGGGGGCUAUCGAGUUUCACUCUACGUCGGGGGCCAGGGCCCUUCGGCGCAGCCGUCCUCUUCCGACACCGCAUCUGCUUCGGUAUCAGCACCUGUCGGAUCACCGUCGACGCCAUCGGGCGGAGCCUCGAACGCUGGAUACCAGGGUUGCUUUGCGUAUGGACAGUUCGGUUCCAAAGCCAACUACAGUUUCACAAACUCCGGCAAAAUGACUCCUCAGUUCUGUCAACGAUUCUGUAUGGCUUACGGACAGGAAAUCGCAGCAGUCCAAGGAGGAGACAGCUGUUACUGUGGCUCUGCAGCCAACGUUGGCAGCUCUUUCCCCUCCUCGUAUUGCUCUUUCCCGUGUUCCGGUGACUCGAGUCAGAUGUGCGGCAACGAUUAUCUGAUCUCAGUUUACGCACCUUCGCCGGCUGCGGUUGGGUUCCCGAAAGACUAUGUUGGAUGUUUCCAAGACAGUGGGAAUCCGAGGAUCUUGCCCAACUUCCAGAUGUCCUCGUCUGGUCUCACCAACAGUCAGUGCCGCGACAUCUGCAAUGUCAAGGGAUACUCUGUGUAUGGAACUGAGAGCGGUAACCAAUGUUUCUGCGGUACUGCUAUUCCCCACACGAUGAUGACCGACGCGUCCUGCAACUCUCCAUGCCCGGGGAACAGCACUCAAGCGUGUGGAGGAUCCUGGAAGGUCUCACUUUUCAAGAGCGGCUUCUCAAGUCUUUCGAGCCCGGCUAUCGUCUGGCCCGGCAAGUCCUCUAGCAUGUCGAUCUCCUCAUCCAGCUCGGUCGCUUCUUCUUCGGUCAAAGUGUCGACGACUUCGCUGAAACCGACACUUUCCUCGUCAGCUGCGACAUCAACCACGGUCGCUUCAUCGGCCUCAAAGGCGAUGUCUUCCGCAGUGUCGUCGUCGGCUCCGUCCAGCGCUUCAUCAUCGUCGUCGGCUCAGUCCAGCGCAUCAUCGUCAUCUCAGACGGCCAUGUCCUCGGCCAUCAAAUCGUCGUCUUCCCCUGCCGUCUCGUCAGCUGUCAAGUCGACUUCUUCCUCCGCCGCCAUGUCGCCAGCCAUGUCCUCGACCUCCAAGUCGACCUCUGCUGUCACUUCAUCGGCACCCAUGUCGUCGACGCCCAUGUCAUCCGCCGUCAAGUCGUCCUCAAUCUCGUCUUCGGUGACCUCUUCCGCAGCCAUGUCUACCGGUGCUGCAUCCAGCACCUCGACAGCUCCCCAGACCUCGUUCACAGGAAAGGGACUGGACGUCUCAGCGACCAAGGCUUCAGCGACGACGUCUUCUUCAUCUACCUCGUCCUCGGCUCCCACUCCAUCUGCCUCCAACUAUGUCGGCUGCUUCUCUGACCCUGCCUCGAGCUUCUCGAACAGCAUGACGUCGUCUCAGCUCAGCAAUGCCAAUUGUCAAGCCUGGUGCCAAGCCAAUGGCAUGGCUUACGCAGCGACGACCGGUGGUCAGACUUGCGCCUGCUCUCAAUCCGCUCCAUCCCAAUCAGUAAGCGGCUCAUCCUGCUCGACUGCAUGCGGAGGGUCCUCGACUACUCAGUGUGGUGGUUCUGGAGCUUGGAGUGUUUACAGUGUCUCUGCGGAUGACAACUGCUCGGCUGGUUCCAAGCGAGCGGAGUUCGCAGCGGCGCUCGGACAAAAGGUUCGGUCCGUCAAGAGAUUCAAUCCUGCCAAGAAGACUCGACAGGACCAGAUCUAG